CCUUGGACCAAGAUGGCGUCUUUGGGAAAAUUUCUUCAUUUUGGACCGAAAAUUACUCGUCCCCUGCUCCAUAUUAGACCGCAAAAUGUUGUCUUAGCAGCUCAAGCAGGAUACUGGAAUAAGGACUGGGCUGCUGGACCUGUCCCAAAGACUCCAGCAGAAAAAGCGGCGGCUGCCAAGAAGUAUGGACUUCUAGAGAAAGAUUAUGAAGCUUACCCCGAUGAUGGCUUUGGAUGGGGUGACUAUCCGAAGUUGCCAUAUGUUUCUGGUGACAGCAGAGAUCCCUAUUAUGACUGGGAUAUUCCUGAAUUAAAGAGAAACUUUGGAGAACCAUUACAUAUCGAGGCAGACAUAAUUGGUGAGGACAGAUGGGAUCCAAACUUUGAUUACAGAUAUUCUUUAGGGGAGCAGUUACGGUGGUUUGUUGGACUAGUUGGAGGCCUCGUGGUCCUUUAUAUACUGACAAUGCCAUACCCCAAUUUUACACCAACGAUGCAGAAAGAGAUGCCCUACAAACUAAACGAGGAAACUCGUGAGUGGGAGUUACAGAAACACUACACGUUUGAACCUGUAGAAUAAAUGUUGAUAGGAUAUAGACAGUUGAUGGAUACAAUACUGACAUUUCUGUGUUUCUAACGGAAUUGUGUUUGAAGAUGAUGAGCACUUUGAGAGGCAUUACAGUCAAGUUGUUGAAAUAUUUUGCUGUGUACAUGGUGGCCCAGAAUUAUUGUCCCUCACACAAUGGAUACACAAUAGAAUUCUAUUGUGCAAGGGGAAAUAAUUCUGGGCCACCCUGUAGAUUAGAAGUGAGUGUUCAGGAAAACUAAUGCAUGUACUUGUGUAACAUAAUUUGAAAUCUGUGUCCAAGCAAUAUACAACCAGUCUUUGUCUAUUCUGCAUCAAUAUCUGUCUGACAAAGACAUCAUCAUGUCUGGCUUUUAAAAUUGCCAGAAAGAGGACAUUCAAGUGCAUGUACCCAUUCAGUCAAGACAGAGAAAAGUGCAUGACUUGCUUCGGACACUGUUUGCAUUAGUACACUGUUGACUAAGUAAUACAUGUAUGCUAAGUCUUGUUUACUAGUAUCGGCAGAAAUCUGUAAGUGGGCCUUAUCCCUUUUUGGUAUGAUUGCAAUUAUUGAAUACCUUCAUUGGUAAGUUUGACUUAAGCUUGCAAUUCGAAGUAUUGUGUCCUAUGUACAAAGUUU